UACUUGCAGACUGCAGGGAUUUUGCUGUUUGGGUCGGAGUAAUUUUUUGCUUAAACUCCCAAUUCUUUUCAGUAGGGCUGUUGCUGUAGCACAUGUUUGGCCUACUCAUAUGUCAGGAUGGAUUCUGCUGCCAUUUUCCCAUAGCUUCGUCUGUUGCACAGCCCUGAAAUAUCUGACAUCUUCACGAUGGGCCUGCUGUUCAGCAAGAUUUGGGCACGGAUGGUGAGCUCCAAGGAGAUGCGAAUUCUGAUGCUUGGACUUGAUGCCGCCGGCAAGACCACCAUUUUGUACCGGUUGAAACUGGCAGAAGUUGUGACCACCAUUCCCACGGUGGGUUUCAAUGUCGAAACCGUGGAGUACAAGAACAUCAAGUUCAACGUGUGGGAUGUAGGUGGCCAGGACAAGAUCCGCAAGCUUUGGCGGUUUUACUAUCAGGGCACUGAUGGCCUGAUAUUUGUGGUUGACAGCUCUGACCGGGACCGCAUCAAUGACGCUAAGGAGGAGUUGCAGCAUCUACUACAGCAUGAUGAGUUGCGGGAUGCCGUCCUCCUUGUGCUUGCAAACAAGCAAGACUUGCCCUAUGCAAUGCCUGCGGCAGAGAUAGUGGAGAAGUUGGAACUGAAGCAUCUUCAGAAUCGUGCCUGGUACUGUCAGUCUACUGUCGCUUCAACCGGAGAUGGACUUUAUGAGGGCUUAGAUUGGCUUUCGAGAACUCUCUCUGCUCGUCAGUGAGUGUAGGAGAGACAAUCUUCAGUGCAACUCUACGUGCUACAUCUCAGGGCAACAAAGGCUGAUGCAGCCUCGCAACAAGUGAGGAGGGCCUAGUUACGUAGUGACCUGAGAAAUGUACGUUGCAGCUAAUUUGCUCGGGCGGAGCA